AUGCGGUUGGUGGUGGUGGCUGCUGGCUUCCAUCGCGUGAAGGUCUUGGGUCGGCACCACUUGCCGUCAAACUCACGUGACGCUCCUGUGGUGGUCAUGGCUCCUCACUCUUCGUUCUUCGACGCGAUGGCCAUCGUCUGCCUCGGCGCGCCCAGUGUGGUCGCUAAAGCAGACACUGCGCGGCUGCCGUUCAUUGGACGUAGGUCCUCGCAUAGGGUUGCCACCAAGUUUCAUUUAAUAAAGUUAAAAACAAUUCAACAAUAUUAA